AAAGCACUUCUUUCCAUUCCAUCAAGUGAAAGAAAACGGGCCCUGUUAGCGAAUCUCAGUCUCAUUGGGCACUGGAGAAGAGAAUGACGGCACCUCAUGAUACCCAUGUACCGGCUGAUGUGGCUAUCUGAUCCCUCGGAUUAUGUAACCCCUUUUCGCACCACGGAUGCUUUGUAGUCUACUUGGGUGCACGGCUAUUUCACUACUAUUGCCAAUAGUAGUGAGGAUCCGUCUUACACAGUCAGAAAAGGGGGACGGAGAAGCUGAAGGUCAUGAAAAUUGGGAGCACCAGAACCACUCAGUCGAUCAGGUUUCAGGGUCCAACACAAUGAACCCAUGGACUAGGAAUUCUAUUAGCCGCGCACAGAUGAUGGUGGCAACGGGAAAGGAAUUGAUUGCAUUGGUGCAAGAUACAGUAGAGUCAAGCAGAGCUGAUAUAGACGGAAUAGCCUUCCUCUCACUGGUCGACCUCGAUGGUGAUCAUGGGUCUAAGCUGACAGCAUCAGACCCAAGUAUUCUAUUUAUACAUACAGAGCGGGAAAGGGCUCAUGUUUGCGUGAAUUGAUGUCCUGAGACAAACUCCAUUACCUACGGCUGAUUGGAGCGAACACGGGUCCAUGAAGUCAUCGCUCGGUUACGCUGCCGAAGUGAUCACAACGUGCGCAUUGAGUUUCAUACAGCAGA